AUAAGUUAGUUAUUAAACGGAUUGCUCAACUGUUGAAAAUGGGUUCGAGGGAGGAGGAUUUCGCAUAUGCAAUGCAACUGGUUACCUCUACAUCAUUGCCCAUGGUGUUGGUGACUACAAUCAAGCUCAAGGUAUUCGAUAAAAUAGCCGAGGCGGGGCCCGGUGCACAACUCUCGGCUCAUGAGAUCGUGUCUCGUUUGUCCAUGACAAACCCGAGUGCCCACCAGAUGCUUGAUCGAAUGCUUCGGUUGCUUGCUAGUUAUUCGGUUGUCACUUGCAAUCAACGAGAUCAUGAUCAGUUGGGGUUGGUUCGAGUGUAUGGACUCACCUCUGUUGCAAAAUACUUUAUUCCAAACAAAGAUGGGGUCUCUUUAUGUCCUGUUAUGGAGUUGCUUCAAGAUAAAGUGUUCAUCGAAAGUUGGUUUAAACUUAAAGAUGCGGUGCUAGAAGGUGGUGUUCCAUUUGACAAGGUUCAUGGAACACAUGCAUUUGAAUAUCCAGCAUUAGAUGCGAGGUUCAACAGGGUUUUUAACAAUGGCAUGUUAAAUUUUACUACGAUCAUGAUGAAUGAAAUUCUUAAAUGCUACCAUGGCUUCGACAACCUUAAAUGUGUUAUUGAUGUUGGAGGUGGUCUUGGAGUUGCUCUCAAUAUCAUUACAUCAAAAUAUCCCACCAUUAAAGGCAUUAACUUUGAUUUGCCACAUGUGAUCCGACAUGCACCCGUUUAUCCAGGUAUAGAACAUAUGGGAGGAGAUAUGUUUGAAGAGGUUCCACAAGGUGAUGCCAUUUUUAUGAAGUGGAUACUACAUGACUGGAGCGAUGAUCAUUGUGCAAAGUUGCUAAUGAAUUGCUACAAGGCUUUGCCAAAUGAUGGGAAAGUUAUUGUAGUUGAAUACAUUCUUCCUUUUUUGUCAAACACAAGCUCUUUUGACAAAGUCACUACACAUAUGGAUGCAAGCAUGAUGACACAAAACCAGGGAGGAAAAGAGCGCAUGGAGGAUGAGUUUCUUGUGCUGGCUAAAGGUGCGGGAUUCAAAGGGAUUCGAAAAGAAUGUUGUGUUUGUAACAUGUACGUGAUUGAAUUUUACAAGUAGAAUUAUUUAUGGGUAUGAUAUUGUUAAAAUAAUUUAUGAGAAAUAUUUUAUGUAAUAAAACAAGAACAUGUCAUUAGGAAAGAUGUAACAAUCCCUUUAAUCAUCUCUUCAAUACAAAAAAAAAUGGGUCAUCCUGUUAAUUGUGAAACA